UUUUCCCCCCCCCCCCCCCCCCCCGUGUAUGGAUUUUGCCAACUGAGCCGCUUCCCGCCGCGAUCGCCCGGGCUUAUCAUGUGCGCCUCGAGGUCGGCUUCCCAGGGCAGCUCCCGAGCCGAGUGAUCCCUCCGCGGGGCGCUCCGCUCCGCUGCCCCCCUUUAUUUUUAAUGGUCAGCUCUUUCGUCCGGCCGCCGCUGCUGCUUAGCCCAUUGGCUUCCUAGAUCUACACACACACCCGUGACGGAGAUGCACGCGGCGGGGUGGUUCAAGCAGCUGGCGGCUGCCUCCCGGAUCGUCUGGAUCCUCCUCUGGAUUCUGGAGCUGCGGUGCGCCUUGGCGGACUUCACCCUGGAGAACGAGGUGCACUCGAGUUUCAUCCACAGGAGGCUCCGGAGCCAGGAGCGCCGGGAGAUGCAGCGGGAGAUCCUGUCCAUCCUGGGGUUGCCCCACCGGCCGAGGCCCCACUUGCACGGCAAGCACAACUCGGCUCCCAUGUUCAUGCUGGACCUCUACAAUGCGAUGUCGGUGGAGGAAGAGGGCCCCAGCGAAAGCGGCGAAGGCUUCUCCUACCCGUACAAGCCGAUCUUCAGUACUCAAGGGCCACCCUUGGCCAGCCUGCAGGACAGCAACUUCCUGACCGAGGCAGAUAUGGUCAUGAGCUUCGUGAACAUGGUGGAACAUGACAAGGAGUUCUAUCAUCAGCGUAGUCAUCGUCGCGAGUUCCGAUUUGACCUCUCUAGGAUCCCCGAGGGUGAAGCAGUAACUGCAGCUGAGUUUCGAAUUUACAAGGACUACAUUAGAGAACGUUUUGAUAAUGAAACAUUCCAAAUCAGUGUCUAUCAGGUCCUCCAAGAACAUCCAGGAAGGGAUUCAGAUUUGUUCUUACUUGAUACUCGUACAAUUUGGGCUGAAGAAGAAGGUUGGCUGGUAUUUGAUAUUACAGCAACUAGUAAUCACUGGGUGGUAAAUCCGCUGCACAAUCUUGGCCUGCAGCUAUCAGUGGAGAGUAUAGAUGGACAAAGCAUCAAUCCCAAGUUUGCUGGUCUCAUUGGAAGGCAUGGUCCACAAAACAAGCAGCCAUUUACGGUGGCCUUUUUCAAAGCUACCGAAGUGCACCUCCGAAGUAUCCGUUCUACAGGAGGUAAACAGCGGAACCAAAACCGUUCAAAGGCACCUAAAAAUCAAGAAGCCUUUCGAGUGUCAAAUCUUGGAGAAAACAGCAGCAAUGAUCAGAGGCAAGCAUGCAAGAAACAUGAACUCUAUGUCAGUUUCAGGGAUCUUGGCUGGCAGGACUGGAUCAUCGCUCCAGAAGGCUAUGCUGCUUAUUACUGCGAAGGAGAAUGUGCUUUUCCAUUGAACUCUUACAUGAAUGCAACAAAUCAUGCUAUUGUACAGACACUGGUUCACUUUAUAAACCCCGAUACCGUGCCGAAGCCUUGCUGUGCCCCAACACAACUCAACGCCAUUUCCGUUCUCUACUUCGAUGACAGCUCCAACGUCAUUUUGAAGAAAUACAGAAACAUGGUGGUACGAGCCUGUGGCUGCCAUUAACAGCCUAGUCAGGAAAGCUAUUUCGGGAUUUCAAAAUGUGCAGACUGAAUUGUUUUUAUAAAAUAGAGAGGUUUUUUUUUAAAGAAAAAAAAUGAGGAAAAAAAAAAGGAAAGCUAUCUUAGAAAGAACAUUUCUAAAUGGGCCAAAGGUUCAGGAAUGAUUUUUGAGAUGCAAGCGCUGCUUUGAACAUAGUUGGCUUUAGAUUGCACAGAAGCAUCUUGGAUGAAAAUAAGGAUGAAUUCUAAGAACAGAUUUUUUUUUCCCCUGAAAGUGCCUUGUCAAGGAAACAGACCUCUUUUAUUUUUUACUUUUCCUUUUUUUCUUUCUUUUUUUUUUAACAAGAAAGCUAUUUGAGGUGUAUAUGAAUGAGGAACACAUCCAUGAGUGCUACAGGUUUAUAGAUCUCCUUCCUAAAGAAAUGCACCACCUGAAUUAAAAUGUAUGAAUGAAUUUAUCUGAAUCCACUGGCUAUCUCAACCACAUUACAAGGAAGAUGUGAAUUUUGACUUCUUUUUAAAACAAAAAUUCCAUGGCCUUACAUGUUUGAGAUGUUCCCUGCCAAGGCAGCUAUAAAACUUUUGCAGUGAUUCCAGACACUGAGCAUGAUGUAUAUAUACUGUACUUUCUGCAGCUGGAUCUCCUGUUUCCCAUUCAAAAUGAGCAGGCAGCAUUACAAAUCCAAGAGUCAGGGCUGUACAUAAUAUCUUUGUAUGGCCAUGCAUAGUGUUCCGUAUACAAGCACAGAGACCUCAAGAUAAACGGCAUACAGAUUUGAGUCGCAGUUGGCUGUGUUUAGUGUAAUUCAUGGAAUUGCACAAUGAAGCUUCCCGUGUUUGAGAAAACAGGGUUGACAAUAGCAUUCACUAGAAUACUGACAAUAAAAUUUGCCAAUCUUAUUUCCCAAGUCACAGUAGCAAACAUGCAGAUUUACUGUGAUAAUUGUUUAAUCACUUUUUCUGGCAAGAUUUCUUCUUUUUCCUAUGCUUUAAUCCAAUUUGAUAGGCAAGAGAAAACUCUUAACUAUUCAGAAGGGCGAAUCUCUUAAUGUGCAGGAACAAUGCAUUCAGCCAAUAUAGAAAUCUUUUGUUUCUGAAAAGUGCCUUCUCCCUUUUCUGUUUUGGCAAUGCUAAUUUAAAUCUUCCUCUAAUCUGGAAGGGAGCAGAAAGGUGUAAAAAGUUAAUACAAUAAUUGCUGUUGAAUUAAAAGGCUACCAUUCAUAAGCCAUGUUGGUCAGACUAAUCUGGAUGAAGAGGUGGACAGCUUGUCAAUAUUUCCAUGCUAAAUGACAUGGAAUUGCAACUCGGUUGAACAGUGGUAAGCAUUUUGUGAUCUCCAGAUGCUACUGAAUUGUAAGUCUCAUGUUUCAUUAUUAGUCACUGUGGCUCAGAAGCUGGAAUUCAACAUCUGUAGAUCCAUGUGUUACCUAUUUCUGCACAGAUCGUGCGCACAAAAUUAUUCACUGGAUAAAGUUGUUGGGAGAAAGGUACAAGGAUAAAGAUUGGAUAGAGAGGACCGUUAUGGGGAACAAACAUUAAUCAAUAACUUGAUACCAAGGUAAAUAAUCCAGGUUCUAUCAUCAAGUAGAAUUGUUUCCAAAACUUGAGAAUGUUAUUGUUCAUCCUCAAUUAGCUUGAAGAUGCCCAUGUACGGCGAUAUGACUUUUGGUUGGGUUGUAUGUUGUUUCAAAAAGAAUUUUGACCAUUCAGGAAAGUUUCAUAGGAGAAGAUACCAAGAUAAGAACCUACAUAGGAAGCCUAAAGGAGCUGAACUCACAAAAGUGUUGAAUUUCAAGCUGCAAGUGUAAUAUGCCAUCAGCUAAAGCUACAUAAAUACCGCACUUGUAAUACUGGGUGGAGGUCCUAGUUCAAAAAAAGAUGUUGUGGCUAACAAGUGACUGAAGCCAUUCAGUUUGUUAUAACUGGUGCAAGGUUGCAGAUAAUAACUCUCAAUCACUGGACAAAAUCCCAUGGAAAGCCAUAUCUAAUCAUCACUCGCUUCCAAAAAAAUUCAAAGGCUUUUUCUGCAUCUAAAGAUACUAAUGUAGCAGAAUCUGUUUCAUCCUCUGCUAUAUGCAGUAUGUCACUUAUAUAAUAUAUGCAAAUUAUCUGAUGCUUGAAAAAUUUUGAUAAACCCCAACUGGGAAGGAUGAAUUAUGUCUGGUAAGAUCUUUUGCAAGCAUCUAGCCAGUAGGAUAGAUAACAUCUUGGUGUUCACAUUUUUGUGGGUCUUUAUCUGGUUUUAAAAUGUCAUAAAAUUAUGAUGUAAUUCAUCAACCUUAAAUUUUACCUCAUUGUAUACCGCCCAAAGAAUAGAAACCCACAAACCUGUGCAUACCUUAUAUACCAGUGCUUCUCAAUCUUGGCAACUUGAAGAUGUGUGGACUUCAGCUCCCAGAAUUCUCUAGCCACCAUAGCAUUUUUGGGGUCUGUCAUAACUUCCAAUGGUUGCUAAGUGAGUGGUCAUAAAUCGAGGACUACCUUUAUUUUUUUUUUCUGGUCUCCCUGAAUAUGAGAGAGAUGUUUCUUCCCUUCUUCCUGCUAAUAAGGCUUAAUUAAUGAAGUUAAUUUGCCACAAUAGAACACAGAAAGUAUUUUAUCCCAUAGUGCCUAAGUAAUUUCUUGGAUUUGUUCCCACAUGAUGAAUUGCUGGUUUUUAAAAUAGGAGGAGGAUGGGUCUACCAAAGACUCUGAACCACGAAAGCUAACUUCUAAAUAAUCACAUAUAUAUGUGUACAUAUAUAUAUAUAUAUACACACACACAUACAUACUGUAUAUAUACUGUAUAUAUGUGAUAUAUAUAUAGGAUGUUGGGAACAAACCUUAUUGAUUCACAUUGCCUUGCUAUCUGUGAAGUCAUGCUUGGAAAUGUUUUAGACUGGGUGGCUGUUAGGUGGAAAAGGCCCAAAGUGGACUUUCUACUGUUUGAAACCAGCUUGUUUCAUAUACCAGUAGGUAGAAUGAUUGUGGGGGUAGAUCCCAAUGGGAAACUAAAGGGACUAGUGUGAUUUUCAAGCAUCCCUCCAAUUAGAGCUGAUUCUAAUCCUUACCUUUUCUCUCAGUCAGUAUAUUUUUGGAUCAGAUUAACUUCCCUUCACCUGCUGAUUAAGUCAGGAGGUCAGAGUCCUAGCAUAUUUUUAUAUAGAUGCUUACACCAGCUUCAUAUGUCUUUCUAGGGCAGGGGUGUUAAACUCGCGUCGUCAUGUGACGUAUCACGACUUUUCCCCCCUUCACUAAACUGGGCGUGGGCGUGGCCAGCACGUGACGCAUCUGGCCCAUGGGCCGCGAGUUUGACAGCGCUGUUCUAGGGUUUGAUGAACCUCCUUCAGGGAACUUUUUUUUUUUAAUGCUAUACUAGAUUUUUUUUUAAAAAAAAUGUGUUUUUCCUGAGCCCUUUACCUUCAGGCUGUGUUGGGACAACAGAAGCAGGAUUCCUGGCCAUCAUGUGAUCAUCAUUCUGAACAUUGUAGUCCUAGUUUAUACAGAGGACACCAUCUUAGGGGAGACUGCCUUAUGAGUAUGUAUAUAAUAUAUGGGUGAUCUGUAGUGUCUUCUCUUCCAGAUUAUGUUGGUAAAUAUUCUGGAAGAAAACCUUCACGAAUGAGUUCAGCCUCUUUAUGUGUAUUAGGGGAAUAAUAUUCCUAGGGUCAUUUCCCUUCCCAACCUUUCAAAAUAAAUGGCCUUUUUCUUUGGGUUAAUUUCUGUUUAAAUUCCAUUCUUUGUACAUGUUUUUGUAAAUAGUUUUCACAAAAGCCAAAAAAAAAAAUUAUUUAUUUCAGCCUCUGUAUUUCUUUUCUCAGUCGCAUUUGGGAAAAACAAAACCAACCAAGCAAUCGACAAAAAAAAAAAAAUCAUCUCUCAUUUGAAAACAUGUUGUUUCUUUAUUUAAUAAAAUAUUUAUUAACAACUGCUGGUGAAACAAAUAAAUGUUUGGGGACUUUUUAUUUCCUUACAGCAGUUGUUUUUAGAUGGUUGUUUGUACAAAUUAAUCAAAUAAAUCAUUGCCAUUUUAUGUGGCUUUAAAAUGAA